AUGAGCAGCAUGCCUACAUACAAACUUACAUAUUUUGAUGCUAGAGGUGUAGCGGAGUUGGUCAGACUGACCUUUUUAGCUGCUGGUGUAGAGUUUGAAGAUGUCCGAAUCAAAUCGGAGGAUUGGUUGGAGCUGAAACCAAAUACGCCACAGGGUAAACUUCCAAUAUUGGAGGUCGACGGAGAGACGAUUCCUCAAAGCCGUGCCAUAGCUCGCUAUGUCGCUCGGGAAUAUGGUCUUUAUGGUGAAACAAAUAUCGAUAACACCAUGGUUGACGUAGUCAUGGGAACAGUUCAAGAUCUCGAAGUACACAUACUCAAGUUUUAUGAUGAAAAAGACAGAGAAAAAAAGGCUGCACUAAUGAAGCCGUUUUUAGCCGAAACAAUGCCGAGGUUUUUGGAGAUCUUCACGACAAUGCUAGGAGAAAAUGAUUGGUUUGUUGCCCAAAAGCUCACGCUUGCUGACAUAGCAGUGUUCCAUGUGUUUGACUAUAUCGCUGAGAUGUUAACCGACAAAAACAAACAUGAUAUCUACGUUUCGAGUCCUAGCAUGAAAAAACAUUCAGAUCGAGUGAGGUCUAUUCCAAGCAUCAAUGCAUGGCUGGAUCGACGUCCUAAUACCGAAUAUUGA